AUGGGAUUCUAUCGAGACAAUGCAAAUGCCAAAAGCAAUUGGAAUGUUGAAAACCUUCCAAUAAAUAGAUCAUUUGUUUGGUACAAGACAACAUUCAAAUCACCUUUGGGGGAUGAUCCUGUUGUUGUUGACUUACUUGGCUUGGAUAAAGGAACUACUUGGGUGAACGGUCACAAUAUUGGGCAAUAUUGGCCGAGCUACCUUGCUGUUGAAGAAGGCUGUGAUUCCCCUUGUGAUUGUCGUGGAAAAUACAAUCCAAACAAAUGCUUGACCAACUGUGGAAAAUCUUCUCAACUAUGGUACCACAUCCCUCGCUCCUUCCUCUGUGAUGAAGGAUACAAAUUGGUUUUACUCGAGGAGUUUGGAGGCAAUCCAUCACUCGUAAAUGUCCAAACAGUUACAGUUGGGAAAGCUUGUGGAAAUGCUUAUGAAGGGAAUACCCUGGAGCAAUCAUGCAAAGGUGGAAAAGUUAUUUCUGAAAUCAGAUUUGCUAGCUUUGGUGACCCGAAGGCAGUUGUGACAUGUGUUGGAAAAGAGAGUUGUGUAAUCCUUGCAUCAGAAGAUACUUUUAAGCCUAGUGGUUGCGAAUUCCUGGGGAAAAGGCUUGCUGUUGAAGCUGAUUGUUAG